CUUUUGACAUUGCUAAUUUGACAUUCAAUAUUGUCAAAUAGUAAUAGAAUCCUUGCGAAUUGAAUAUUGCUAAUUAAUUUUUUUUCUUCAGAAAAUAAGAAAUAACAGAAUUUAGAAUGGUAUCUUUCGGCCCAGAUGAAGUUGGCUUAGCAGAUCAAUCACCAUGCGCCGGUAUUCGAGCUGAUCUAAAGACUUGUUUACUGAACAGUGAUUGUUGUGUAAAGGACAAAAAGACGCCGCGUGAAUGUUUGCAGAAUGGGGUUGUGCCCGAAGAAUGUAUACAACUGAGGCAGAGUUUCUUUGAGUGUAAACGGUCUCUACUUGACAACAGAAGAAGGUUUCGAGGUCACAAGGGCUAUUAAUGUGAGGAUUUAAAUAUUUUAGUUAUACAAUUAGAGAUGUGACAAUUUCCAAACAUGUACAAGGUAUUAAUUAUGUUUAUUAAAAGUUUAUUGUUUUACA